AUGACCCUAAUUGUCAUCAUUUGGAGGUAUCCGCGGAAUGCGCAAGGCACAUUUUCAGAGAAAAGGAAAUAUAGAACCUUCAUCGUCCGACUUGUACCAGAGGUCAAAGGUCACACGGUCCGAUUCCUUGACCUCAGGUUGCAAUUGCACUCGGAAGUCCAGUGCUACAUUCACUACGCCAUGGUGACCUUGUUGUGUGAUCGAGGGCUUCUCACACCUGACUCUGAUGAAGGCUAUCAAGAAGUUGAAAUAUACUAUUUACUGAAUUUAAUCGAUUUUUAUACGUCUCCUAAGCUCCUCAGAAGAAUUUGCGAUCAUUUCUGCCAUGUGCUUUCUUAUAUUCUCUUUAUCAUAGAGGUUCUCCUGGAGCAACUAUACAGAUCAGCCGAAGGACGGAAAAUGAAAAAACUCUGCUGGAGCGUCGUAUACAACAUCACCAACCCGGCCCCUUCUGCGGGAGAUGAGUCCCCCCCUCAAAAUGCACCAGAGAAAACGGGUCGCUGCCUUAGUGUUCCUCUUGCCGCAGCGUUCCUUGUGGCCGAGAUGUCUGGCUCCGGGGUCCUGGCACUUCCCAGGGCCGUCGCUAAUACAGGGUGGCUUGGCUUGCCUCUGAUGGUACUGCUCUGCGCAUGUGUGGGUUUUGCGGGUACGAGGCUUGCGAUCUGCUGGGUGCUGCUCGAGGAUAAGUGGCCCGAGUACCGUCAGCCGUGUAGGAGACCGUACCCGGCUAUAGCGUACCGGGCUUUCGGUACCAUUGGAAGCCUUCUGUGCACGGCAGCGCAACAGGCAACCCUGGUGGGCGUCUCCACUGUGUUCCUGCUGCUCGCGUCCCAGCUCCUUUCCGCCUUGGUUCAGCCCUUGGUUUCGUCUGCGUCUCUGUGCUCCUGCCUCUUCGUCGUCGGGGGCGUCCUGGUGCCGGCGACGUGGCUGGGGACGCCCAAGGAUUUCUGCCAAAACCCAUUGCUGCUGAUCUUGUACCUGCCAGUAUCAGGCGUAGGGUUUGGAGUCCUCGGCCAAAAGGUGUCUGACAACAUCCUCCUGUCAGUGUCAGGCACAGCUGUGACGGUGACAAGGGCACUGAUCUUCGCUCACCUGCUGUUCGUCUUCGUCAUCAUCUUUAACCCCGUGGCACAGGGCCUAGAGGAGACACUGUCCGUCCCGAGAGAAUUCGGUUGGCAGCGUUGUUGCGUCAGAACCCUGCUCCUCGCCGUCAUCGUGCUAAUGGGUGUUCUGGUGCCUGACUUUGGAAAGAUUCUCAACCUUAUAGGCGGCUCCAGUGUGACCAUAGAGUCCUUUGUUCUCCCACCUCUUUGCUACCUCAAGUUAUGUGCAGCGAAAGACAAUCACGGAAAGCCUAUUCGAUCUGUGGGCUUUGUUGAAAGAUUGAUUCUCGUUGCUGUUAUUGCAAUAGGCGUCUGCGCAGGUAUGAUUACCACUUACACAGCUGCAGCCGCUAUUGCCACUCCUGGAGCUCUGGGACAAACGUGUUUCUUUUCGUAGGUCUAACGAAUAGAUAGAUAAUAUAUAAACACAGAUAGAUAACUAAUAAGUGUAUUAAUAAAUAGAUGUAUUUAUUGAUAGAUCUAACGUCUGAGUAAGUUACUUAUCGAGACACUGGAUCGAUCUAUAAAUUCGUGAGUAGAUUACCCGAAUUAAUAUAUGAAUGGAUACUUUCUUGGGUUAAAAGACACAACCUUUUACACAGAUGUGAUAUGGUACCCAAUGUAGGGAGAGAUC